AUGGGGGAAGACCUCGUCACCACCCUGUCCAUGGAGAACGGCGGCGGCGGCCACCACGGCCCCUGCACGCUCCUCUCCAUGGACCCGUCCGGCCACCUCUCCGCGCCGGACGACCGCGCCGUGGGCGUCAUGGUGCAGGCCCUCAUCAGAGGGGGCGUUGGCGUCGGCGCCCGCGCCCACGCCGUGUCGCCCUCCGGCGCGCCUCCGCCCGACAUCAACCAGCCCUGGCAGACGGACCUCUGCGACAUGCUGGACGUCGGCCUCGGCCCGCAGGUCUACAGCGCCGAGGCCGUGCUCAGCUGCGCUCCCAAGGCCGGGAGCCGGAAGGCCGCCAAGCGCGGGGACACCAUCUGGGGCGCCUGGUUCUUCUUCACCUUCUAUUUCAAGCCCCUGCUGUCCGACAAGUGCAAGGACAAGGUCGUCCGGGACAACAGCGGCGUCUCGGGGUUCGACAAGUCGGACCUCCGCCUGGACAUGUUCCUGGUGCAGCACGACAUGGAGAACAUGUACAUGUGGGUGUUCAAGGAGCGCCCGGAGAAUGCUCUGGGGAAGAUGCAGCUGAGGAGCUACAUGAACGGGCACUCCAGGCCUGGUGAGACGCAGUUCCCAUUCAGUGUCGACAGGGGAUUCGUGCGAUCGCACCGGAUGCAGCGUAAGCACUACCGGGGGCUGUCAAACCCGCAAUGUAUCCAUGGGAUUGAGGUGGUCAGGUCACCAAAUCUUGCGGGGCUCACUGAGGCAGAUCUUAGGAGGUGGGCAGAGCUUACAGGGAGGGAGCUCAAUUUCAUCAUCCCGCAGGAAGCCAGUGAUUUUGGGACAUGGAGGACCAUUCCAAACUCAGAGCUUGAGCUUGAGAAGCCACACCCAGUCAUGAAGAGCAACGGUACCCAAAACCCGAAGAAGGCAGGCUUGAAUUUGUCAUCAGCGUCCAAUCAUUCAGGCGAAGAUGGUAUGGAUCUCUCCCCAGUUAGCAGCAAGCGUAGGAAGGAAUUAUCCCCACAAGCCAUGGAUGAGGAAGUAUUCUUCCCACUGAAUUCUUGCCCUCAGAAGACACAACAAGAUGUGGAGAUGCAUUCACCAGCGCAACCUGCUUGGCUCCAUGAGUUUGCUGGGGUGAUGAGAAACGCUUGUGGGCCAGUGACUGCUGCCAAGUCUAUCUAUGAGGAUGACCAGGGCUACUUAAUAAUGGUCAGCUUGCCAUUUGUUGAUCAGCAGAGGGUGAAGGUUUCAUGGAGGAACACUCUGACUCAUGGCAUUGUGAAGAUCGUUUGUGUUAGUACUGCUAGGAUGCAACAUAUAAAGAGACAUGGCAGGAUGUUCACGCUUGCCGAUCCUUCCCCCGAGCACUGCCCUCCCGGGGAUUUCAUUCGUGAAAUACCUCUAGCUACUCGUAUCCCUGAAGAUGCUAAGCUGGAGGCAUGUUUUGAUGAGGCUGCCUCAGUGCUUGAGAUCAUGGUCCCAAAACGAGGAAAUGAACCUGAAGAACAUGAAGUUAGGGUCUCUCUGCGACCCCCUCACUUUGGAGCUAAUGAUCUACUUUUGACCUAA